CACUCUCCAGGAUCCUGUUUCAGCUUCUAGUUUCUUUUCACAAAAGCUGAAAACUCAAAGCAAAACAAACCAUGAGGCUGUUCCUGAGUGUUCUGCUGGUCACUCUGGCUCUUUGCUGCUCCAAGGCCAAUGGGAUCACCUGUCCAGCUUUGGUAACUGAAGUGGAAAGCUUCCUCUUUCUAAACAUGUCUGUCUACAAGUCUGUACUUCAGAAGCUAUGGGACCCACCUCAAGAAGUCAUUGAGGCCAAGAUGACAGUGAAGGCCUGCACAGAUCAGAUCUCCUUUGAGAACAGGAAGCUAAUUUCAAGCACAUUGGUGAAAGCCAUGGAGAACUGUAAAUAAGGAACCUUAUGUACUAGUAACUGUCCUGUAAUGAUGACCUAUUCUUCUGGAAAAUGUAAAGGUUUCAACAUCUUGAUCCAAUAAAUCACUUUCUCUGCACUA